UCGCACCCAAACUUCUUCACGUCUCCUCCCCGGUGACGCUCGAAAACCGUCGUUGGCUGCCACUGCUUGCCUCUAUCCCAGAUUGGUAGAAAACUCAACACACAAGUAUGAACUUGCGCCACAGAAGUUAUAUUGCGGCAUGUCAACCUAGACGAGGCUACUCUGCAAUGAAAUUUGAUCACCUGCUUCAGUCAAUCCGGCGGGUCUGAACGGCGAUGUCCUUAGCUAGAUUUGGGGUCCACUCGUCACAUGCCAGUGAAGCGAUUGGCAGGAAAAUUGAACGACUGUCCGAUCAUAUGUAGAUUCUUGAGACGGUUCUCUCAUCCAACGUUGUGUGUGCGUACAAAAUUAUCUACAGCUUGGUAGGCAGAGUAUGGACGAUCAUUGCAGCCCCAGCUCCAGAAUUUGGAACUAACCUCAUAGAAUUGGGCCCAUGAUCGCUGGUCUAGUGCUCUCUCUCACUCUCUACGGCUGCAUGUGCUGCUCUUGUUUCAGUGCUCUCGCCCCCUCUUCGGACCUUGGAUUGCAACUCGACUCACGGAGACCGUUGCAGUUAUUUCACUGCAUUGAAGCUGUCGCAGUGAAGACAUUUUACCCCUACAUUUGACCCAUCGAACUCAUUGCUGUUGUUGCGCGAGGGAGUGCCUUGACAGAGUGCAGCACGUUGAGUCAAGAUGACGGCGAGAUUGAACCUCGAUGGGCAGGAGAUCAAGCCCCUGAGGAUUUGCAUGAUCGGGGCGGGUGGGUUCAUUGGAUCUCACCUUUGUGAGAAACUCAUGGAGACGACGAAACACAGCGUGUUGGCCAUCGAUGUGUGUGGGGUUAAGAUCCAGCAUCUGCUUGCGCUGGGGCAGCCGUGGAGCGAUCGCAUUGAAUUCUACAAGAUCAACAUCAAGAGCGACACACGCCUCGAGGGUCUUAUCAAAGUUUCCGAUCUGGUUAUCAACUUGGCUGCGAUUUGUACGCCAGCUGACUACAAUACUCGUCCUCUCGAUACCAUCUACAGCAACUUUGUAGACGCCCUGCCCGUGGUGCAACAGUGUAGGGAUAAUGGUAAGCGCCUCAUUCAUUUCUCCACUUGCGAAAUCUAUGGCAAAACCAUUGGCAGCUUUCUUCCUCGAGACCACCCUUUGAAGGCGGAUCCUGCCUUCUCCGUGUUGAAAGAAGAUGAGACUGCCUGUAUUUAUGGUUCGAUUCAUAAGCAGAGGUGGUCAUAUGCUUGCGCCAAGCAGCUGAUUGAGAGGCUCAUCUUUGGUGAAGGAGCUGAGAAUGGAAUGAAGUUCACCAUAGUUCGACCAUUCAACUGGAUUGGCCCACGCAUGGAUUUCAUACCAGGCAUUGACGGACCAAGUGACUCAAUUCCUCGUGUCCUGGCAUGCUUCAGCAAUAGCUUGAUGAAGGGCGAGCCCUUGAAGUUGGUGGAUGGGGGCAAGUCUCAACGCACAUUCAUUUACAUCAAGGACGCCAUUGAAGCAGUUCAAAAGAUCAUCGAAAACCCUGCUAGAGCCAAUGGCCACAUCUUCAACGUCGGCAACCCGCACAACGAAGUGACCAUCCAGGAGCUUGCUGAGCUGAUGACUGAUUUAUACUGCAAGAUAAGCGGCACUGCGAGACCCGAGGUAGUCACAGUGGACGUCCCCUCCAAGGAAUUCUACGGCGUGGGUUACGAUGACAGCGAUAAACGAAUUCCUGAAAUGACCCAAGUUAGGAAGCAGCUGGAAUGGGAGCCCAAGACAUCGAUGUAUGACUUGAUGGAGCACACGCUGAAGUACCAGUACUCCACUUAUGCUGAGGCUGUCAAGAAGGCCAUGUCUAAAUCUACUUACAAAUAGACCUACUCAGAUUCUCAAUUGAAGAGUGGAUUGAACUCAGUUGGUGCUCUUGUGUGAAGGACGUGUAAUGUGAAAAAUGCGUGCAGAAUUUGGCAACAACUUACUGGAUUGUGACGUUUAUAGGAAGAAAUUAUUGUUUGAACUCUUCGAUGUUGUGCAAAUAAGCUUAUGGAUUAUGUGCCAAACUAGUUUGCUUUUACAUUUCCUUUCUAGCGAUUUUGGCAAAAGCAUUUUUGGUUCACCAAACACUUCCAUUUGUUUAGUUGCACAACUAAUUUUUUUGAAACAUCCAUGUUUUGAUUUGCUUCAACCA